AAGGAAGGACCAGUUACUGGCACAUGUCCCCCAUUGGGGAUACAGCUAUAAGGAAAGGAAGGAAGGAACCAUUCUUAACCUAACGUACAAGAUUACCGAAACGUUGUCGAAAUGCAAGUUUCCAACCCGAAUAAUGUCAAAAUCUAUAAUUUAAGUGCUGGAAAAUCACUGCCAGAGUGGUUGUCUGAAAGAAAGCGCCGAAGUUUAUUAAAGAAAAAUAUAUACGAAGGCGGAUUGAGUUGAUACAAGAUUUUGAUAUGCCUGGUGUCAGUACAUCUAUAAGGGUAUCUAAGGAUGGGCAAUAUAUUCUAGCUACAGGAAUUUACAAACCAAGAGUGAAAUGUUUUGAUGUGAAUAAUUUAUCGUUAAAAUUUGAAAGGUGUUUUGAUUCUGAAGUGGUUACAUUUGAAGUACUGUCAGACGACUAUAGUAAGUUGGUAUUUUUACAUUGUGACAGACAUGUAGAAUUUCAUGCGGCACAUGGCAAAUAUUACAGACUUAGAAUACCAAGAUUUGGUAGAGACAUGCAAUACCACUAUCCAUCCUGUGAUUUAUUUAUUGUUGGUGUUAGCAAUGAAAUAUACAGAUUGAAUCUUGAAAGAGGUCAGUUUUUGCAACCAUUUUUGUCAGAGGCAACAGCAAUAAAUAAAUGUUCAAUAAAUCCACUUCACCAUUUAUUGAUGGUUGGUACUCAAGAAGGAAAGGUAGAAGCAUGGGAUCCAAGAGUAAGAAACAAAGUUGGUAAUCUCGACUGUGCUUUCCAUUGUGUUACACAUGACAGCAAAUUGGAAUCCAUUCCUUCUAUCACUGCUCUGAAUUUUAAUGGAGGUUUAACAUUAGGUAUUGGCACUGCUACAGGCCAAGUACUUUUGUACGAUAUUAGAUCUAGUAAACCGUUAGUAGUAAAAGAUCAUAUGUAUGGAUUACCUAUUAGAAAUAUCGAUUUCCACGAACGCAUGGAUCUUGUAUAUUCCAUGGACAGUUCUAUAGUAAAAAUCUGGGAAAAGGAUUCUGGUAAAUUAUAUACGUCAAUAGAAGCUCAAUCAGAUUUCAAUGAUCUUUGUGUGAUUCCAAAGACGGGAAUGCUUUUUAUAGCUAAUGAAAAUACAAAAAUGCAAACGUACUAUAUACCCAGUCUUGGUCCAGCACCAUUCUGGUGCAGUUUCUUAGACAAUCUUACAGAAGAACUUGAAGAGAUGAACUUUGAGACAAUCUAUGACGAUUACAAAUUUAUCACUGAAAAGGAGUUGGAUGAAAUGGGUCUUAGCCAUUUGAAAGGCACUAGCUUACUGAGGGCUUACAUGCAUGGCUAUUUUAUAGACGUUCGGUUAUACAGAAAAGCCAAGGCUGCAAUACAACCAUUUGCAUUCGACGAAUACAAGAAGAAGAAGAUUAGGCAAAAGAUUGAAGAAGAACGCGCCAGUAGAAUUCAAGUGCAGCAAUUACCGAAAGUCAACAAAGAAUUAGCACUCAAAUUAAUGGACAGCGAGACGAAUGAAAAGUUUAAGAAGAAGAAAUCUGCUGCUAGUAUUCUUAAGGACAAUCGCUUCAAGGCUCUAUUCGAUAAUCCAGACUUUGAAGUUGACAAGACAUCAGCAGAAUAUACGUUGCUAAAUCCUGUUAUAUCACAGCUGGAUAAGAGCAAAGCUAAAGAAAUGACGAAAAAGCUGAAGCACCAAGAACAGCUUCAAUCCAUUCAGGACGAAGCGGACGAUGAACAUAAAGAAGAACAUGAUUCGAUUUUGGGUGAUAGUAGCUCAGAUGACAGUGGUUCAUCGGACGAUGAGAAGACAUGGUCCAAGGAAGUUCAAAAGAGAUACAGACUCCUUAAAAGAAAUGAGAAGCGACAGAGAAUGGAGGAAGAAGAUGAAGGUCAGAACAGUGAAGAGAAGAACGAAAACAGACAACCAAAGUUCUACGAACUAAAAGAUGGUUUGGACUUCAGGGGAAGAAAGACUAUAAGGAAAAGACAGGAUAAAACGAGUCUUGGGGACAGAUUACACGAUGAGGAAACUACAAAAGUAAUUGUGACAGGGUCACGCGGUAAUAGAGAAAUGACAUUCAGUACUGGAAAGAGUAAAUUUUCCGGGAAAUCGAAGGACAGUGGAAACAGGCACAGAAAGGAGCACAAGCGUUUUUUACGUCCAGCAGGAAAUCUUGGCAGGAAGAAAUUCUAAUGGAAAAAGAAGGCAUAUGUACAAAAAAUUGAAAAGAGUAUAAGUUAUAAGCAUAAAUAUAACAUUGUUAAAAUAAACGUGAAUAAAGCAGACUUUUUAAUAAGA